AUGGAAGAAGAAAAAUUAUCAGACCGAUAUGUAAGUUUCCAAAAUAAUCCGAAACAAUUAAAUCCUUCCAAAAAGUUUUUUGAAUGGAUUUUUAAUUAUCCUCUUUUUAAUGAAUUUAGAAAUAGCAGUGUGUCUAAUCAUUUCAGUAGUUUAUGCAUAAAUGAAAGGGAAGCCAUAAUUGAAAAAUCGAAAGCUAUCUUGAAGAGGAAAAAUUACAAAAAAGAGAACAUCCAUUUUAAUAUUAAACGACAAGAUGCGUCUCCAAAGGUAUUAAUGAAAUAUGAAAUAAAUCAGAAUGAUUACAGUUUGAUAAAUAAAAAUAAGUUUUAUGUUAACAUUAUUAAAAAGAGCGAGAAAAUUUACAAGUGCUAUGAAAAUGUUAUAAAGGAAGAAAAGAGGAAAAAACGUGUUUUUGAAAAGAUUAAGCAAAAAUAUUUGUUCAGAAAAAAAAAACAAGAUCUAAUAAAUUAUGUACAUUCGCCACCGAACGAUAUAGAUACUAAUGUAAAUAAGAAAAGAGAUACAAUUUCGAAAGAAGAAUUCAAUCCUUUUUUUAAUUUUUUUGAAAAUGAUAAAAAUAAAAAUAUAUAUCACAGCAACAUUAACUUUACUAUGAAAACGCAUAUACAAUUCAACAAGUACUUUUAUAAAUUAAUCAUCAACAAGCUUAGUUAUUAUAAAAUAAAGAAGGAUCUAUAUGUUAAUAUUGUUAACAUUGUUAAUGAAAUAACAAAGUAUUAUCCUACCUAUGGUUAUGACAUAUUAAACAAUAUAAAAAUUAAGUACUUCCCCUAUAAGAAUAUAAAUCACAGCUUCUACAUAUACGGACUUGUUUUUAGCAACUGUUCAAUUUAUUUUGACGAUUUAGAAAUUAAGAACCCUAAAAUAUUACUAUUAAAUGCGGAACGUAAAAUAAAAUAUGAUGUUUUAGAAAGUUAUUUUAACCACAAUUAUAAUUAUACUUAUUUGUUUUGGAAGAAUCUAAGCAAUAAAAAUAUAAACAUCAUAUUAGUAUAUGGAGAAUUAGACUAUUAUAUUAAAAAGCUACUACUUAGUAAGAAAAUAUAUUUUUUUACUAGCAUAAAGAAAAAAAAUAUGAGUCGUUUAUCUAACUUAUUAUGCAAAAAUAUUUUGAGUUAUGAGAAUAUAAAAAAUUUUGACGUGAGUUAUAUUGCUCGAGCUAAUUAUUUUAAAAUUCAGAAAUAUAAGAAAAAUGUAAAAAAUAUUUUUCUAUGUUGUAAUAAUAAAUUUUUAACCAUAUGUAUUUUUGGAAAACAAGAUAUUAGAGAUGAUAAUAUAACAAGUGAGAUGUUAAAAAAAAGAAAAGGAAAUAAGAAUGAAUGUUAUGUGUAUAGUUAUGAUGAGAAUAAUAGUUAUGAUAAUACAUGUUUAAUAAAUGAAAGAAAUAGAUAUGAUUACUUAGAAAGUAUGCAUAAUAAUGUUGAUGUGUUAUUAAAAAAAGAAAUAGAAAAAGAAAAUAUAUUAGAUAAUUUUAUUAAUGUUUAUUAUAAAAAUAAAAAGGAUGAUUAUAUUAUAGAUUAUUAUUUUGUAAAUAAAGAAAAGAAAAUAAAUUUAUAUGAAAAAGAUACUAGUAUACAACAGAAUAAGAAAUGGGUACUUAUAAAUCAUUUAAAAAAUAUAGUUAUAAUUAAAAAGGUUAAAAAAAUAUUACAAUUUUGUAUAUUGUUAACAUUUCAUAUAUAUAAGCAAAUGUAUUUAAAUAAUUAUAUGAAUAGAUCAUUUAUAUCUUUACCCGAAAGAAAUAUAAAAAAAUAUACAAAUGUAUCUAAUGAUGUAUUUUAUCAGAAUUUAAAUUUAUUAAUAAUUUCUUCUUCUUUCUUUUUUUAUUAUAAUAAUGAAAUAGGAAAAAAAAAAAAAAAUAAUAACAAAAAUAAUAAUAAUAAUGAAAAUGAUAAUAACAAUAAUAAUAAUAAUAAUAACAAUAAUAAUAAUAAUAACAAUAAUAAUAAUUGUAAGAGAAAAAAGAAAAAAAUGACUCCUAUAAAUCUUAUGUCUAAUUUAUUUCAUUUAAUAAAUAUACCAAACCCUUUAAGACGUGAACGUAUGAAAGCUUUAUCUUCCAUUAUAAAAAGUAAUAAUAUUAUUAAACAACAAAUAUAUAAUAAUUAUGAACAUUGUUUUUUCAAUAAUUCAGAAAAAAAUAAAAUUAUUAAUAUUGUUAAUUAUUUUCUUUUUAAUAGUUUUAUGAAAAAUUGUGACAUCACAUAUGAAUAUUUAUAUUACUAUUUAAAAAUUAUUAACAGUAUAUAUUUGAAUUAUAAUAACAAAAAUAUAAUAUUAGAUGAGGAACUAUGGUUAAAUCAAGUUCAAAUAUUUAAUAUACAAUCCAAUCCAAAGAAUCCAAUAGGUAUAGAAAAAAAAAUGAAUGAAAAAAUAGAAGAUGUAAUAAAACAAAAUAUUUUAUAUUAUUGCUACAAUUUUGAAUCAGCUAAAAAUAUUGAAAUGAUAAUUUAUUUCAUCUGUCCAAAUUAUAUGUAUAUAAAUAAUAUUUACAAUAAUAUUAAUAUGUACAUGUUUGAUAAUCGACAUAAAAAUAGUAAAAGGUUGUUUUACAAUUUCUUUUUUAAUCACAAGUAUGUUUUUGAUAUUUCUCUUCAGCAGUUUGUUUAUAUUAUACACUCCCUGAGCUCGAAACUGCUGUGCCCUUUCGAUAUGUGUAAGAAUUAUUUAUGCUACCAUCAAAUGUGUAUCCAAAUAUUUCUAAGACGCGUGUUGAUAUUAUUUAAAAAGGAAAAAAAUGAGGAAUCAGAGGAGGGUCUAUUUUUAAAGAUAAUAUGUGAAAAAUGUAAUAGUGUUGAGGAAAGGGAUAUGAAUAUAAAUAUAUCAUUUAUCGAAUUUAUAUUAUGUAUAAUUUAUUCAGAGAAUUAUACAAAUCUUUAUUGUAAUCAUAACGGUGUAAAUAAUAGUUAUGUAAUACAUUUUAGGAAUAUAAAAAUAUCUUUUCAUAUGUAUGAAAAUAAUAUUUAUAAAAGUAUAGUAAGAAAAAGGAAAGGUGCAAUUGAUUUAUAUGAUAAAACUCAAUCUAUUAUGAAAUAUGAAAAAAAUAAAAAACAUAAAAAUAUAUAUAAAAAUAUAUAUAAAAAUAUGUAUAAAAACAAUUAUGAUUUAGUUGGAAAUAUAUACUGUUUAAAUAAAAGCAAAGGAACAAAUCAUAUAAUAAAUAAUGUAAAAAGAAAUAUUAAAUUAUAUAUUAAAAAAAAUAUAAAAAAUAUAAUAUAUAAUGAUAUAUUUUAUUAUUUCCCAUGUAAAUGCUUAACUAAUAUAUUAAAUAAUUAUUCUAAUAAAAAUGAAGUUGAAAAUGAGAAUCUUUAUAGUAAUUUUAAUUUAUAUAAUAUAAUAGAAAAUUUCCCUUUUUUUAAUAGUUCUAUGCUACCAUUAUAUUCUUCAUUCAAAUUUUUAAUAUAUAAUUGUGCUAUACAUUAUUAUAGGUCCAAAAAUAAGGAUAUGUAUAAAAAUAAAAAAAAACACCAUAGGAGGAAAAAAAAAAAAAAAAAAAAAAAUUAUAAUAAUAGUAAUAGUGAUAGUAAUAGUAAUAGUAAUAGUAAUAGUAAUAAAUAUGUGAAAAGUAUGAAAAAUUCACAAAAUACAAAUCCUAUCGAUUCCUGUUCUCCAUUAUAUUUUAAGAAUAUAUGUGAUAAAUGCAAGUUUAUUAAAAUUAAAAACUUUUGCGCUUUACUCUUUUUUAAUAUAUUAUUUAUUAUGAAGAGAAUUUUUUAUAAUUAUUACAUUAUGAUUAAUUUUAUUAUAACAUUAUUAAAUAAAAAUAUGUUUAUUAAAAGAAAUCAAGUCUAUCGUUUAAUUAAAAUGUAUUCAUCGUAUGAUCCCAUGGAAUCUAAUUAUUUAUUAAUCAAGCAGGGAGAUAACACAAAGGAAAGAUUAAAAAAAAAUUUGUCUAAAGAGGAUAUAUCGAAAAUGAAUUUGUUAGAAGUUAGUAACACUACAAAUAUAAUAGACACGAUGAAAAAGACAUAUAUUCAUUCAAAUAAUACUCUUGAGCUAGAUAAUAAUAUUUUAAAUAUAAAUAAUAUAUUAAAUGGUAAGAUAUCUACUACUAUGUUUGAUAAUAACAAAACAGAUGUAUUAUAUGAUCAUAUAUAUGAAAAUAAUAAUAUAGAUAAAUCUCAAAAUUAUAAUUAUUAUAAUAGAAAUAUAAUAAAAGAAACGGAAUGUAAUAAUAUGAAGAAAACAAAGGAAAUAUUUAUUAAUGAAUAUUUUAUAUAUAAAAUGUUUAAAAAACAAAUGACAAAAUAUAAGAAAUAUUUAAUAAAUGUGUUUACUAAUUUUUAUUAUUAUGCAAUAAUUGAAUUAAUGUAUAAUAAAUCUUUAUCUUUAGACAUAGAAAUAUUUUUUUCUAUUUAUAUUAUUAUAUUAGAAAGAAUUAACCAGAGUAUACUAAAUGUCAUUGAAAAUAUGGAAAACUAUAAGAAGAAAGGAAAUAUCGAAAAUGUACAUAAUACUAUAUUAACAUCUCAAUUCACAAAAAAAGAAUACCAUAUGCCAAUAUUUUUUUAUGAACAUAUUAAUGAGGAAGAGAACGAAAUAAUAUCUAAAGAUAGAACAAAUAUUAAAACAAAUAGUUUAUUACAAUAUAAUGAAGGUGUAUAUAAUAAUAGAAAUUUUAUUAUGAAAAAUAAAAGAAAAAAAGAAAUUACAUUAUUAUUUAAUAUUAUGAAUUGUUAUAACAAUUUUAAUAAUACGUUGCAUCUGAAAAAGGAAAACAAUCAGAUAAUCGAUAAUACAAAUUCGGUUAUUAAUGGAGAAUAUGAUAUUUUAAAAUUGUAUACAAAGGAAAGGAAUUAUCUGUACAAUAUAGAAAGUUGUCGAAAGAAAAAAAAUAUCUACAUGUAUAAUUUGUAUAAUAAUGACGAAAAUGAGACGAAUAAUCAGAAUUUAUUUUAUCAUUAUAUUGGAAGGAUAAUUGAUCGGGGUAGAUAUAUAAUAUUUGAGGAUAUGAAAAAAAAAAGAAAAAAAAAAAGAAAAAAAAAAAACGAACAAGAGAAAAAUAAAGAACACGAAAAGGAAAAAGAAAAAUAUCAAGAGCAACAGGAAGAACAUAAAGAAGAAGCCACAAGGGGUUGUUAUUUUUUUGUGUUCAAUCCAAAUGAUACGUCAAAUAUAAUAUUUCAUUCGUUAUUAUCGGAUGUAUAUAAGAAUAAAUUAAAAGUUAUAUAUGAAAAGGAGAGCAAAAAAAAAGGAGGUCUAAAAAUAAAGCAUACAAAUAAUAAAAUGAAGACGGAUUCAUAUGUUACUACGUAUGAUAAUAAUAAUAAUAAUGAUAAUAAUAAUAAUAAAAAUGAUAAUAGUAAUGGAAUUAAGAUGGAUGCAUAUCAUACUACGUAUGAUUAUAAUAAUAAUAAUAAAAUUAAGAUGGAUGCAUAUCAUACUACGUAUGAUAAUAAUAAUAAUAAUAUUUAUUUUUAUGACGAUGAUGAUAAUUUGAUUGUAAGGAGGAAAAGAAAUAUACACGAUUCAGAAAGCGAAAUAAAGAAUAUAUCCUUUAUUUUAGGUAAUACAUUAAAUUGUUAUAAUAUAAAUACAUAUAUUAAAAGAUGUAUUAAUAAUUUGUGUCUAAAUUUAAAAAAUGAUGAUAUCGAUUAUUAUAUUAAUUGUAAAAAUGAAGAUAUAUUAACCAUAAAUUUGAAUGAAACUAUAUGUGUGUACAUAUUCUUUCCCUUACAAUUUCAUUAUUUAAGAAAGUUGUUGUGUGAUAAAGAAGAAGAUUUUAUGAAAUCACUUAAGAAAAGUAAUUUCAUAAAUUUUGAUCAUAAAAAAAGACAUUUUGUUAAAACUUAUGAUGAUAGAUUUAUAAUAAAAGAAAUAAAUAAAUAUGAAUUUAAAUCUUUUAUUAAUAAAUAUAAAGAAUUCUUUCAAUAUUUUUCGGAUAUCGUUUUAAAAAACAAAAAAUCAUUAUUAUGUUAUAUGUACGGAUUAUAUCAAAUUGAAAUAAAAAAAAAAAAUAAAAAGAAUAUGAAAACAUAUAUUAUAUUAGAAAAUGUAAAAAUUGAAAAUCCAAAUUCUAAAAUUUUAAUAUUUGACAUUAAAGGAGCACGAAAAAAAAAAAACCUACAAAAGUUAAUAAAGCAAAAAAGAAAAACGAGUUUCCCAUUUUUCUUCUUUAGAAGAAAUGAAAGUUAUUCAUUAAAUACAUGUAAGAUAACAGAAGAUAAAUAUAUGUCAGAUGAUUGUUCUUCCAGUAUAUCUGAAAAUUUAAAGACCUUUAGAAAAUAUAUGAAUAGAGAGAAACAUUUAAAAGAUACUAUAUUACAAGAAAGAAAAGAUGAUGAAUGUAGCAUGAUAUAUAAUAAAAAUUCUUAUUUGGAGUUUUUAUCCUUAGAUAAUACAAAAGAAAUCAAGAAUAAAAUAUCUUCAAAUAUUAAGGAUAUGAGUGAUGAGUCUUUAUCCUUUAUACCAAAUUGUGAGUAUAACAAUUCGGAGGAUUAUGUUGUACAUUUAAUGGAAAAUAAUAAUAUAGGACAAAAAAAUGAGGAAAUACAAGAGGGAAUGCAGGAGAAAAUGAAAGAGGGAAUACAGGAGAAAAUACAAGAGGGAAUGCAGGAGAAAAUGAAAGAGGGAAUACAGGAGAAAAUACAAGAGGGAAUGCAGGAGAAAAUGAAAGAGGGAAUGCAGGAGAAAAUGCAAGAGGGAAUACAGGAGAAAAUACAAGAGGGAAUGCAGGAGAAAAUGCAAGAGGGUAUGCAGGAUAAAAUACAGGAUAAAAUACAGGAUAAAAUACAGGAUAAAAUACAGGAUACAAUACAGGAUACAAUACAGGAUACAAUACAGGAUACAAUACAGGAUAAAAUACAGGAUACAAUACAGGAUAAAAUACAGGAUAAAAUACAGGAUAAAAUACAGGAUAAAAUACAGGAUACAAUACAGGAUAAAAUACAGGAUAAAAUACAGGAUACAAUACAGGAUAAAAUACAGGAUAAAAUACAGGAUACAAUACAGGAUAAAAUACAGGAUAAAAUACAGGAUAAAAUACAGGAUAAAAUACAGGAUAAAAUACAGGAUACAAUACAGGAUACAAUACAGGAUAAAAUACAGGAUACAAUACAGGAUAAAAUACAGGAUAAAAUACAGGAUACAAUACAGGAUAAAAUACAGGAUACAAUACAGGAUAAAAUACAGGAUAAAAUACAGGAUAAAAUACAGGAUAAAAUACAGGAUAAAAUACAGAAUAAAAUACACCAUGAAAUAGAACAAUAUCAUAAUAUUAAUGUUAUAAAUGAGGAAGAAACUAAUAUAGAGAUACGUAAGGAUGAAAGAAGUCCGUGCAUUUUUAUCAAUCGAUUAAACAUGGAAGGGUUAGAAAGAAAGCCAAGAGAAGAUAUGAACACCAAAUAUAAAAAUGAUGACAUUAAUAAUAAUGAUGUUAAAGAUUAUGGAAAGGAUAAAAGUAAGAACAAAUUAUUAUCUAAUAAAAACAAAGUAAAACAAAUUAAUCAAGAAAAGAUUAAUAAAAUGUUUAAACGCAUAAGAAAAAAAAUAAUAAGAGGUAUCAUUAACGUUUGUACAAUUCCAAGAAUAAUAAGUCCCAUAAAAUUAUAUAAUUUCACAAUGAAAAACACACACAAACAUAAAAAGAAACAAAAAAAGAACAGCAAAUAUAUAUAUAUUUACAAAAAUAAUAAUAGGUUGAAACACGAUUUAUCCUAUCAUAUGGACAAUAAUCUGCAGAGAUGUAAAAAUGAAAAUGUGUUCAUAAAGGAAAUAUUAGAAGAUACGAAAAUGUACAUAUUAUUAAAUAGGAGUAUAUUUAAAAUGAUGAACAGGAAAAAGAUGUUAAGAGAGGAUUAUAGAAAUAAUCUGAGAAAUGUAUAUUUAUAUGGACCUAUGGUAUCCUUAGAAUAUUUAGUAACAAAAAGAUUUUGCUUGCAAAAUAAAAAUAAAAAUAUAAAAGAUAUGAAAGAUAUAUGUAUAAAUGAUACAAAUAAUAUGAUAAGCAAUAAUAAUAAAUAUAAAUCAGAAGAAGGAAAUGUUGAUAAUAAAAAAGAAAAUAUGGAUGAUAGUAUGUAUUAUUAUUAUUACUAUUAUCAUUCUUUUGUAGGUAAUGGUGUAGGUAAUAAUAUGAAUGUAGAUAAUAGUUCGAAUUCUAUUGAAAAAUAUAAUAAUCUUACCAUUGAUAAUUAUAAUGCUUUAAAAAAUUAUAAUGUUUUAUUUGAUGAUAACUUUAGGGAUUAUAUAAAAUCGAAGGUUAUAAAUUUAGAAUAUAAUGAUUAUAAAUAUUUAAUGGAUUCAUUAAAUGAAGACACGAAUUUUUUAUGUUCUCAAGAUAUUAUGGAUUAUUCUUUAUUGAUUCAUAUAGAUAUACAUAAUUAUGAGAUUAUUUUUAAAAUUAUAGAUUAUUUAAGACCAUAUACAUGGGAUAAAUCUGUAGAAAAUUUUAGCAAGAGUGUAUUAUAUUUAACCAAGGGAUAUCGACCCACAAUUAUUCAAUCAGAAUAUUAUAAAAAACGAUUUCUUAGUAAUAUAAAGAAAUAUGUAUUUUAUUAUGUUCCUAUAUAUUCAUUUAAAAAAAAAGUAGUAUUUAAAUUAUCUCGAGGACAAAAUAGAGAGUUUUCAAUAAUACAAUUGAAUAAGAAAAAUCCAUAUCAAAAAUAUUUUUCUUAUAAUUUAUUUAAUUUAAUAUUAAGAUAUUAUAAUAAUUUCUAUCUAUAUAAAAAAUAUUAUAUAUCAUCUACUAUAUCUUGUGAUUUGAAAUAUAAUCAAAAUUGGUAUUAUAUACCUAUAUCAAAAGAUAUAUAUUGUAAAAAGAAUAUAUACAUUUUUUUGAGUUAUUUUAUGAAAGAAUAUUAUAUACAAUAUAUUCAAAAUAACAAUAAAUAUCAACAUAAUCAUUUCAUGUUAACCAAUUUAAUAAAUAUUAUGAAAUCAACCAUAUAUGAAAAUGAUAUAAAGAGUAAUACACUUGAUAGUACAAAUAAAUAUGAGGAUAAAAUAAAAAAUAUUAUAGAAUGUAUAGAUAAAUUUGUAUAUAAAAAAGGAAAUCAUAUAAAUGAUCAUAUAUGCGGUGAUAUAUGUGAUGAUAUAUGUGAUGAUAUAUGUGAUGAUAUAUGUGAUGAUAUAUGUGGUGAUAUAUGUGAUGAUAUAUGUGGUGAAAUAUGUUUAAAUAAUAAUCAAAAGGAUAGGAAAGAACAUUUUUAUGAUCUAAUUAUACCAUACUCUUCUCAGGAACAGUACAACAAUAUAUAUGAUAUUAAUAAUAAAAAUAUGGAAAUAUUAUAUCCAUAUUAUAAUAACCAUUACGUUGAAAAACAUUCAAAAUUAGGACCAUAUAUUAUUUUGAACACUGACUCAUAUUUUUAUAAUCAAAAAUAUUAUAAAAAAAUGAAAAGACAAUUUUAUAAGAGGAUAUGUGAUCUCCAAAUAAGUAUAUUAAAAAAAUUACAAAAAAAUAAAUUUCACAUGGAAAAAAAUAUAUCCUAUUAUAUACAAAAUAAUGUAUAUAUAGAAAUGACAAAUGUUGAUAUAAAUUAUACAAACAUGAAUUUCUUGGAUGUAUUCAAUCUUUAUAAUAUAUGUGAAAAAGAGAAAAAUGAUCAUUUUUGCAAGAGAAAAAGUAAAAGCAAACGACGAACGAACACGUACAUGUAUGUACCUUCAUAUUUUUUAUUUUCUCUACAUAAAAGUUGA